AUGGUCGACGGAGUUGAUCCCGAUGUUUUCAAGAUGCAGGCAUUGAUCAUCCGCGAGCGCAUUUUGACGGGUGCCCACCAAGAAGUUCAUUAUUACUUGAGGUAUCGAGGAGCCGUUUAUUGCGACUCCGGCCUGAUGUCCCGCUGCUACGACCUUUGGCUGCACGCCCUCAAUCUGCAGCAAAAGUAUUUGCAGCCGCUCAACCAGCAGACGAUGCAAACCCUGUUGGCGUUCCAGGAAACCUUCACCCUGGUAAUUGACGAACACACGAACGUACAGCCCGUCGCGAAGGAGCUCGGAGACCAGGUGGCGAUCAUCUAUGAGAAGGCUGUCGAUGAGAUCGAACGACUUGUCGCCUGGGGAUCGAAGCCACUGUUUGAAGAGUGUUCCGGUGAGGAUCACGAGCACAAUAUCGACGAAGAAAAGGAAAAUUUGCUCUUCAUUAUCCUGCAGCUGCUUUUCCUGGUACAUCGCGCUGCCCUACCGCCCACCUACGUGACCGUCGAACGGGACGAAAUUUUGGCCAAGGAGCGCGAGGCGUUCGUGGACGUGGAGCGCCUGGUCAACGUCUGCCGCGAAAUUGGCCUCUUCCCGUUGCACCUGGCCUGCACAUCGAAUGAAAGCCAGGAACGGCGAGGUUUUAACGAAUUCUACUCAAUGUUCCCGCAACAAUACGUCGUCGAACGGUUGGUGGAAGCCGGCGGCCGUUUGGAUGAAGUAGACGGGCCCACCAGAGAAACGCCAUUGCAUCGGCUGAUCACCAGCGACUCGUACCCCGACGGACAUUGGCAAAUCGCGCGCUAUCUACUGCAGCAAGGGGCGCCGGCUUUGGCUAGGAAUGCUGACAAUAAGACGUGCCUUGAGUUGAUUCAGAAGCACAUGACGCUGCUGUUGGAAAAUUAUAAUGCCGGAAACCUGAUCACCCUGGCCGGACUUGCAGCAAACGCCGUCCGACGGGCAGAAAUCCCCUACGAGGAGCUGGUCCCGCACGAACUUUUGGCAAUGAUGAAGCUCCAC